AUGUGGCAACUGAUAGAUUGCUACCAGUUGAAAGGAAGUGAGACAGAGAGAGAGAGAGACAGAGAGAGAUUGCAACACAAACGAUUCAACGUAUAUCUUAUGCCUACACCAAAUUUAGAUAUCUAUGGUGAAUGUACAAUGCAGAUCACACAUGAAAACAUUUAUCUCUGGGAUAUCCAUAAUGCUAAAGUUAAACUGGUCAUGUGGCCUCUCAGUUCUUUGAGACGAUAUGGGCGUGAUUCAACAUGGUUCACUUUUGAAUCUGGAAGGAUGUGUGACACAGGAGAAGGGCUAUUUACCUUUCAGACAAGGGAAGGUGAGAUGAUCUAUCAGAAGGUCCAUUCUGCAACACUGGCAAUAGCUGAGCAACAUGAAAGACUGAUGAUGGAGAUGGAACAGAAAGCACGGCUUCAGACCACUUUGACUGAACCAAUGACAUUACCUAAGUCAAUCUCACUUCCUCGUAGCGCAUACUGGCAUCACAUCACUCGGCAGAAUAGUGUGGGAGAAAUCUACAGUUUACAAGGAUACAAAGGUGAAGACAUUUUGAGAAUUUGUGGAG